GAAUUUGUUUUAUUUUGAAACGCCCGAACGGAAAUGGUUUUUUUCCGACCCCACGGUGACUUGACCGACUUCGUCCUGCUGUUGCUCCCCGGUCUCCACUGUGGAUUUACAUACCCUGAUUUCCGUGGGACUGGGAAGAGAAGGGGGAGGGCGGUGAGCCUUUCAGGAACUGAGGAAGCAGGCGCAAACGGCAUAACUUAACAAAUUAACAACUUGUGUGCUCGCCGUCGCUUCUGUGGCGCCUCCUGCCUUCUGUCGGAAUAACGGCUGCUUUUCUGCUCUUCUGCCUCUCUUCGCUUCUCUCGCUGGAUCAUUUUCCUAUACUGGAGGAGGGCUGGGAGUUUUUUCGGAGGAGACGGGAAGCAGCUUGAGUUUAACCCGGUUGGAAGGGCUGUGGCCAUGGCCGGGGGUGGUGGUGGCGGCGGCAGUGGGGCUUCUCCGUUGGGCCCCGCACCGCCGAUGUGGUAUCACCGGGACCUGAGUCGAGCGGCGGCCGAGGAGCUGCUUGCCCGAGCCGGUAGAGACGGGAGCUUCCUGGUGCGGGACAGUGAGAGUGUCAACGGGGCUUACGCUUUGUGUGUACUGUUUCAGAAGCACGUCCACACAUACAGGAUAUUACCAGAUGACGAAGGUUUUCUGGCAGUGCAGACCUCUCAGGGCGUGCAGCCUAAGCGGUUUAAGACUCUGCCAGAGCUGGUGUCAUUGUACCUGCAGCCCAGCCAGGGUCUGGUCACCACCCUGCUUUACCCCGUGGAGAGAGAGGAGACAGCUGUCAGUGACGACAGGGACUAUUCCGAUGGAGAGGAUGAGAAGCCGCCCCUCCCCCCUCGCUCUUCCUCCACCUCCACUCCCCCUGGACCAGACACACCCACAGACAGUACUCCAGCAGCUAAUGGCCUGAGCACCAUCUCCCACGAGUAUCUGAAGGGCAGCUACGCUUUGGACCUUGAAGCAGUCAAACAGGGGGCCUCAUCCCUGCCUCAUCUCAACAAGACACUAGUGGCCUCCUGCAAACGCCUUAAUGGAGAGGUGGAUAAAGUUCUGUCAGGCCUGGAGAUCCUGUCUAAAGUGUUUGAUCAGCAAAGCGCUUUCAUGGUCUCCAAAAUGAUCCAACAGGUACAGUCAGUGAAUCAGGGUGGAGACCAGGAACUGGAGAACCUUGUGACCAAGUUGGCGAUUCUCAAAGACCUGCUGUCCUCCAUAGAAAAGAAGGCCCUGAAAGCUCUACAGGACAUGAGUUUGACCUCUCCAUGCUCCCCCCCUCCUCUGCACUCCAUGCGUCACAGCAAAUCCAUUCCUGUGCAGGCCUUCGAGGUGAAGCUCGACGUUUACCUGGCGGAGCUGACGAAGAUCGGAAAGAGUCAGAAGUACACGCUGUCUGUGGACGUAGAGGGAGGAAGGCUGGUAGUAAUGAAGAAGGUGAAGGACAAUCAAGAGGACUGGAUCACCUACACACAUGACAAAAUACGUCAGCUGAUCAAGUCUCAGCGGGUGCAGAAUAAACUGGGCAUUGUGUUUGAGAAGGAGAAGGAUAAGAGCCAGAGGAAAGACUUCAUCUUUGCUAGUGCCAAGAAACGGGAGGCGUUCUGCCAGCUGCUGCAGCUGAUGAAGAACAAGCAUUCCAACCAGGACGAGCCAGACAUGAUCUCCAUCUUCAUAGGCACCUGGAAUAUGGGUUCUGUACCUGCACCCAAAAACGUGGCUUCGUGGGUUUUGUGUCGUGGUCUCGGGAAGACACUGGACGAGAUGACCGUCACCAUCCCUCAUGACCUGUAUGUGUUUGGCAGCCAGGAAAAUUCAGUGUGCGAUCGGGAGUGGGUGGAGUCACUGCGCGCCCUGCUGAAAGAACAGACAGAACUGGAUUAUAAGCCGAUCGCCGUGCAGACUCUGUGGAACAUAAAACUUGCUGUGUUGGUGAAACCUGAACAUGAGAACCGGAUAAGCCACGUUGGGAUGUCCAGUGUCAAGACGGGCAUCGCCAAUACCCUGGGUAACAAAGGAGCAGUGGGCGUGUCUUUCAUGUUCAAUGGGACGUCGUUUGGCUUUGUCAACUGUCACUUGACAUCAGGGAAUGAAAAGAUUGCCAGGAGGAACCAGAACUACCUUGAUAUCCUGCGGCUGCUUUCACUGGGAGACAAACAGCUGAGCUCCUUUGACAUUUCGCUGCGCUUCACGCACCUCUUUUGGCUGGGAGACCUUAACUACAGGCUGGAUAUGGACAUACAGGAGAUUUUAAACUACAUUAACAGGAAGGAGUUUGACCCCCUGCUGAAAGUGGACCAGCUCAACCUGGAGAGAGAGAAGAAUAAAGUGUUUUUACGCUUUGCGGAGGAAGAAAUCUCGUUUCCGCCCACCUACCGUUACGAACGAGGCUCAAGAGAUACGUAUGUCUGGCAGAAGCAGAAGGCCACAGGGAUGAGGACUAAUGUUCCAUCGUGGUGCGACAGGAUUCUGUGGAAGUCUUACCCAGAAACACACAUAGUCUGCAACUCCUAUGGCUGUACAGAUGAUGUUGUGACCAGUGAUCAUUCCCCUGUAUUUGCUACAUUUGAGGUGGGCGUGACCUCCCAGUUUGUCUCCAAAAAAGGUUUGCCAAAGUCUUCAGAGCAGGCCUACAUCGAGUUCGAGAGCAUUGAGGCCAUAGUAAAGACGGCGAGCAGGACCAAGUUCUUCAUUGAGUUUUACUCCACUUGUCUAGAAGAGUUUAAGAAGAGUUACGAGAACGACAGUCAGAGCAGCGAUAACGUGAACUUCCUGCGCGUGGGCUGGUCCAACAAGCAGUUAACAACACUCAAACCUCUUCUGUCAGAGAUCGAGUACCUGCAGGAUCAGCAUCUCUUGCUAACAGUGAAAUCACUGGAUGGAUACGAGUCCUACGGCGAGUGCGUGUUGGCUCUGAAGUCGAUGAUUGGCAGCACAGCACAACAGUUCCACACCUACCUGUCUCACCGUGGGGAGGAAACAGGAAAUAUCCGAGGGUCAAUGAGGGUCAGAGUCCCUUCUGAAAGAAUGGGAACCAGGGAGCGAUUGUACGAGUGGAUCAGCGUGGAUAAGGAUGAGACGAGUGGACCUAAAGGGAAAUCUGCUGUGGUAUGCAGAUCGGGGCAUGAGUAUGUGAAGCCAUCUGUGAUUCGUAAGCCCCUCGGAGAGCUGGGAAAGGUCAGUGAAGAGGGAGAAAGGAACAGCAAGGAGGAGACCGCUGCAAGACCUAAACAGGACGGAUCAGACAGCGAUCCAUCCAUCAGCAAGAACAGCUACAAUAAUCCUGCCUACUACAUCCUGGAGGGCGUUCCCAACCAGUCAGCUGCAGCCGUUUCACCUGAGCUUCUGCCCUCUCCUACCUCAGCCAACCCCCAGGCAGCUAAACCCCCUCCUCCCUCUGCCGGGGCGCGUUCCAAACCCCUCGGCGCAGCCUCGGGGCCCCCUCACCCACGCAGACAGGUUCGUGCCAUUAGCGAGGAGAGCUCCUCAGAAGACGAUGGAGGUGCUUGUGUUGUUGGGGCACAGGGAGGAGGUGUUGGAAGCACACUGAAUCGACCUCCUCCUGACUUCCCCCCACCUCCUCUACCAAAGGGAGCCCUGGAGAUGGUUCCCGAGGCCCCCUUCACCAAACCUCGCUCCCUUUACCCCGACCUGGCUGAGGUCAGGAUCCCCGCAGCUGGCCCCGCUGCCCACGGAGAUGCUUUCAGGCGAGGAGGAGUUGGAGCAGGGGCGCUAGACGACCAGUCGUGCUCUGUGCUCCAGAUGGCAAAGACACUGAGUGACAGUGAGUUUCCUGGACAGCCUCCUCGUGCCCCCUCAGCACCGCCUCCUCUCAGAGGGCAGCCGAUGGGUUUAGGUCUGGAUGCCUGCCGCACCUUCCCACCUAGAAAUCCCAUCACAGAAAGUAUAGCAGAGGAUAUGCCUGAGGAGGCACUUUGGGGCAGCAGUAGCUCAUCUCUGUCUGUGGGGGAAUCGUCAGUGGGCGAGUGGCUGCAGAGGCUGGGCCUGGAGCGGUAUGAGCAGGGUCUUCUACACAACGGCUGGGACGAUUUGGAGUUCCUCAGUGACAUCACUGAGGAGGACCUGGAGGAGGCGGGAGUGCACGACCCCGCCCACAAGCGAAUCCUGCUUGAGAGCCUCAGGCAGCAGCAGCAGCAGAAAUAGACUGCAUCAAACUGGUCCAUGACUGGUCCAAACCGGCCUGGUACCACACCGGGCCCAAUCUCAGCUCAACUGAACCGAGCUGGAACGUGCCAAUCGAUGCCAGACUGUGCCUUCUGAGAGAAAUUGCACUCCAUUUGUACUUUCAAAAACACUUUCUGAACCAACGUCCUUUGAUUUUCACAUGUACUUUAUGUGUGUUGUCCUCAUACACGUGGCCUUAUUUAAUGAUAAUCAUUUCAGUCCUUCAAGCAUCACUACAUAACUUUGGCUUUUAAAUCCAGAGAGGAGAUCAGGUCAGACCCAACCUGCAGCUUCAAGUUGGCAUUUAAAGCUUGUUUCCAUUUGGCCUGAGAAUCCUCUAACAGAGGAUGACUUUGAGAAAGAGAAAAGAGGGCUUUGAAAACACACCACCUGUGUUGCGCACCCUCGCUUUGGACUCUUAACAACACUGGGUUCUUCCGAGUCUCAGAUUUUUCUUCCUCCCACUCGUAGUCACAACAAGACAUCAGUGGGAAUAAUUAGAACAGUCGGAAGUAACAUCCGCCCCAGAGCUCGGGCAGAGGAACCUUUUAACUUGUGUGAUGGAGGAGAGCAGGAAGCGGUGAUCGAAAGGAAACUAGAAAGUCAGGCUUAAGUGAGAUAAACUCAAAUUUUUUUUCAGUUUGUGUAUUCAGUUAAUGAUGUGCAGGCCGCUGUUGUUUCAAUGGACGCCUGUGUUGUCUGAGUGUCUGUCUGUAUUUAUGGUUUUAUCAAUGUUUUUAAUGAUAAAGGGAAUAUCGAGCAAACCAAAUUAACCCCGUUAGAGCUAAAGGUGUAUUCCACCUGGGUGCAGCAUGUUAGGUGACUGUGUUAGCCAUCAACUUGUCAAGUCGCCUUUUUUUUAAGUGGCCUGUUGCAGCUGGUUAUUGAAACAGUCAGUGUAGGUCAAUAAAAUGAGGAGGCUAAAUGGUGUAAUUAAUGCUGUACCAAGGUGAAAUAUGGCAAAGAUUUUAGCAAAGUACAUUUCUUAUUCUCACAUGUUGCCUGUGAAGAUGCUGAAUUUGAAUUCACAGAAGAAAAUGUAUGUUAUUGUUUGUUGCCUUGAAAACAUGUCAGCAUAUUUUCUGCGUUUCAUUUUCAAAUAUAUAAAUGGAGCAGCGUUCAGGCAAAUUGGUUAACGUAGCCAAAUACAUGAACUAAUUCAACACCAAAACAUUUGUUUUCUCUCUGACAUUUUAGUGUCAUUUAGUUUGGGGUUUUUUUUUUCUUAAAUUACUCAACGCAUUGCCUAGCUUUAGGAUCUACUGUUUCUGGAUGUGAGCAGCAGAUGGCGCUGUUGCGCCACAAACCUGACCCUGGAAACCUGCGGAACACAGGACGAAGUAUGCCAGUAGCGGUUACACUCCUUAGUCAAAUUUGGUUUUAGAUUUAGUUUUCAAGCAGUUAAAAGUUGGAUAGUUUUAUUUGUUUAUAAUUUCAAUUUAAAAAAGAAAAGACCUUAAAGAGAUGUGACUUCACCUCCACAUGCCUAACACCUGCCUUCUUCUAAGGGGGAUCACCAACACUAAGAUGUGAAUGUCAUGUGUGUUUACUGCUGUCAACAUAGUAAAGCAUUCAUCUCUAACUCUGUGAAUGAGACCUUCAUUCACGCCUCAAAGAGAGCCCCCUCCCGCCCAAAUACACUGUUGAAUUAUAACCUUUGACUCUA